AUGACAGAAUUGCUCUACGUGGAGGAGUACUCCAGCCUGGACCGCGAUGAUCUGCUCAAAACAGCAUGCCGCCUGCGCAACCAGCUCGAGCAGGAGCGCAAGCGGUCCAACUCGCUGGCGGAGAGCCUAAAGCUCGCCAAGGAGCAGAGCCUGGCGGCGCAAAAGCAGGUCGAGCAGGAGGAGGAAUUCAUCACCAACAAGUUGAUGAAGCGCCUCGAGCAGCUCAAGCGGGAGAAGCAGGCGCUCGCCAAUGAGGUCGAGCAAGAGGAGGAGAUGAUCACAAACACACUGCAGAAGAAGCUGGAGAAGGUGGCCCAGCUGGCCAGCGAGAAGGCAGCGCUGCAGCGGGAGCGCAGCGAGCUGCAGCGACACGUGGGUGACCUGGUGGGUGCCGUGGACCGCCUGAACCGCGACAAGGUGGCGCUGGAGCAGAGCAUGGAGGCGGAGGAGGAGAACAUCGUCAACAGGCUGCAGGUGCGACAGUGUUAA